UCACUCAGAGACAAAAUGGCUUCGAGGUUAGAGGAGAAUCUCUGCUGUUCGGUCUGUCAGGACGUCUUUAAGGAUCCGGUUCUUCUGUCAUGUAGCCACAGCUUCUGUAAGGAGUGUCUGAAGAACUGGUGGACAGAGAAACCAUCAAGAGAGUGUCCACUUUGUAAGAGGAGAUCUUCUAAAUUUGAUCCUCCCUGUAAUCUGGUUCUGAAGAAUCUGUGUGAGUCUUUCUUACAGCAGAGAGAGCAGAGAGCUUCAGAGGACCUCUGCUCUCUGCUCUUCUGUCUGGACCAUCAGCAGCCAGUUUGUCUCGUCUGCAGAGAUUCAGAAAAACACACCAAUCACAGAUUCAGACCCAUCGAUGAAGCUGCUCAGCAACACAAGAAGAAACUUCAGGAAACUCUGGAGCCUUUAAAGAAGAAGCUGGAGCUCAGGAAGAAAGUUCAGGAGGAGUUUGAUCAGACAGCAGAACACCUGAAGGUCCAGGCCCGACACACAGAGAGGCAGAUUAUGGAGCAGUUUAAGCAGCUUCAUCAGUUUCUAGCAGAGGAAGAGGAGGCCAGGCUGGCUGCACUGAGGGAGGAAGAGGAGCAGAAGAGAGGGAUGAUGAAGGAGAAGAUGGAGGCUCUGAGCAGAGAGAUAGCAGCUCUUUCAGACACAGUCAGAGCCACAGAGGAGGAGCUGAGAGCUGAAGACGUCUCAUUCCUGCACAACUACAAGGCUGCAGUGGAAAGAGUCCAGCGCUGCCCCCUGCUGGAGGAUCCACAGCUGCCCUCAGGAGCUCUGAUAGACCAGGCCAAACAUCUGGGCAACCUGGCCUUCAACAUCUGGAGCAACAUGGAGAACAUGGUGACCUACACUCCUCUGGUUCUGGACCCAAACACGGCUGGUCCAGAACUCCAUCUGUCUGAAGAUCUGACCAGUUUGACUGGAGGAGAGAAACAGCAGCUUCCUGAUAAUCCAGAGAGAUUUGAUUGGUGGUGGUCUGUUCUGAGUUCUGAUGGUUUUAACUCAGGGAACCACAGCUGGGAUGUUGAUGUUGGAGACAGUGAAGGCUGGAGACUUGGUGUGAUAGAAGAGUCUGUUCAGAGGAAGGGAGGCAUAAAGUCUGGAUGGUUUGAUAUAGAGUUAUCUUAUUGUGGAUUCUCAGCACAUUCUCCUUCAGCUCCUCCCACUCAUCUUUCAGUCCAGAAGAAUCUCCACAGGAUCAGAGUGAAUCUGGACUGGGACAGAGGAAAACUGUCCUUCUCUGAUCUGGAUACUAACACACACAUACACACCUUCACACACACCUUCACUGACAAGAUGUUUCCAUAUUUCUACACUCUUAAUAAACCAGUAAAGAUUCUACCGAUGAAGAUCUCAGUGAUCAAACAGCAGCUCUGAUGAACAAAAAGUCCA